GGAAGAGCGUUUGUGUCGUGAGAUCUGUCAAGUUCAGACAGGCAGACCAACUCUACCCAAAAACUCUCCUCCAGCUCUCCAAAAUACUGCGCCCGCGUCUCUGCAGCCGGAUUUGGAGUUGCGGCGACACCAGGACGCAUCUGCGGACUCUUCUGUCGCGUUAUAAGAAGACUCACUCACCACACACUUCCCGGAAAUACAGCGCAGAGGGCAUCGGUGUGAGGAUGGCUGCCUACAAGCUGGUCCUGAUCCGCCAUGGAGAGAGCUGCUGGAACCAGGAGAACCGAUUCUGCGGCUGGUUUGACGCGGACCUGAGUGAGACCGGAGAGCACGAGGCCAAGAGGGGCGGGCAGGCCCUGAAAGAUGCUGGCUAUGAGUUUGAUAUCUGCUACACCUCGGUCCUGAAGAGAGCCAUCCGCACGCUGUGGUUUGUCCUGGACAGCAUCGACCAGAUGUGGCUGCCGGUCCAGCGGACCUGGAGGCUCAACGAGCGCCACUACGGUGGCCUGACGGGGCUCAACAAGGCUGAGACGGCGGCGAAACACGGAGAGGCCCAGGUCAAGAUCUGGAGGCGCUCCUUCGACACGCCUCCCCCCCCCAUGGACGAGGGCCACGACUACUACCAGAACAUCAGCAAGGACCGGCGCUACGCGGAGCUGACGGAGGAGCAGCUGCCCAGCUGUGAGAGUCUGAAGGACACCAUCGCCAGAGCUCUGCCCUUCUGGAACGAAGAGAUCGUCCCUCAGAUCAAAGACGGGAAGAGAGUGCUGAUCGCUGCCCACGGCAACAGUCUCCGGGGCAUCGUCAAGCACCUGGAGGGUAUGUCUGAGGAGGCCAUCAUGGAGCUCAACCUGCCGACAGGAAUCCCCAUCGUCUACGAGCUGGACAAGAACCUGAAGCCUUUAGGACCCAUGCAGUUCCUGGGAGACGAGGAGACCGUCAAGAAAGCCAUGGAAGCUGUGGCGGCUCAGGGCAAAGCCAAGAAAUAGACUCCCCCGACCCCUGACCUCUGACCCCUGACCCCUGACCCCUGACCCCGGCUGAGCUAGAGUACACAUCUAUCAUGUGCUGUUCAGUUACCACCAGGUCAUUUACUGUUACUGUCAUCACAACCUUGCACCCACACAGACAUAUAAUGUGCACUUUAUUUUGAUAAUUCCCUGCUUAAACACAAUGAUUUGAUUGGUCUUUACUUUAUGACAUAAACUGAAACAUACAUGUCGUUAUGAUACGCUGGAUCAGCUGUAAUACAGUUUAAGCACUGACCAAAAGGCUAAAUUGGGGACCAGGAAAUAGACGAACCUGCAGAAUCAUCCCAUGUAUUCUUCCUGUGUGAGUGAAGCUCAGAGGAACAGUAGAACUAGAGAGAAACACUGGUAGAACGCUCUGCACUGCUGAUAUCUGUUUGUUUGCUGUGGCAUUGUGAUGAGAAUAAAUGUUGUCAGCCAUUAUGUGAUGAAA